CUAAUCAAUGUUGCACAAUGUCUCCAGUGUAUUCGAUCGUUAGUCUAUGCGGUGCAAUGCUCUCACAUAUUUAAUCCCGCGUUGCUCUCUUAAAUUUGAAGCUUUAUCCCAGGCUGUUAAGUGGAACUCAACUGCACAUCUGACCAUAUGGCUUCAUCAUCAUCAUCAACGCAAACUGGCAAAGCCAGCACGAGAGAGGACUUAUUGUCCGUUCUGAGAGGCCAAAGCCUUAGAGUCCCGGACUUGGCUCUGAUGCAUGCCGGAUGGCCGAAAGACAUGAAUCCGCACGUGGAGGUCAUAGACGUUAAGAUCCUCCAGUUGAUUGAAACACAUGCUGUCAACGAAACGGUACGCUCGCGUCUGACCAAAGCUAACCUGUCGGAGCAACUGGCGGGCUGGUACCCGUACGCCUCCCGCGAAAAGCUAGUGGUCUUGACAUCCUUUCAAGUCUGGAUGUUUAUCAUCGACGACCUUCUCGAUCAAUAUUCCAUCGUCGAGCAGUUCGAUUACAAUAAGCUGCAGGCCCUACUGGAUGACUGCGAAGACUAUGUCGAGAAAAGCCUUGGUGUAUCAAGCCAGGAGGUAGAGCCGUCGACUCAUUAUCUAGACCACGAUGCUGUACUGUCAUUUGAGGAGUACGCCUCAACGGUUCGUCGUAUUUACAGGGACAAUCCGAGUUACCGAAAGCGCGUAGCGAAAGAGGCUAUUGCUACCCUGAGAGCAUACCAAAAGGAAGCUUUUAAUCGAAGAAAUGCCCAUCUUCCUUCUCUAGACGAAUAUCUCGGCUACCGGGAUGCAUCUUGUUGUAUGAAGCAAGUGGUGGCCAACAUCGAGUUCGCCAAUGGACUUGACUUGCCUGAGUACGUCAUGGAAUCUAAGGAGAUUCGCGAUCUAUACGAAGCGGCCGUCGCUGUUAUGUGGAUCACGAAUGACAUAGUGAGCGUGCGAAAAGAGAUACGAGAAGGGUUCGUCGAGAACAUCGUGGUGUUGUUGGCGCAUGGCAAUAUGCAACGAGGACUUGAUGCGUCGCUCGACAGGCUUCAAGUUGAGAUCGAUAGAGUGAACAAAGCUUCUGAUGACGCUGCGAGUCGAUUUGCCGGCGAGACUUUUGAGCGCGACAUCGUCUUGCUGGCGAAGAACUGCAAGAAUAUGUGCCUGAGCAGUUGGUUUUGGAGGUAAGUCCAUUUGUGUCCAAUUCUAGUGCCGCAACUGACAAAACAGCGUCAAAACCCCAAGAUAUUGUCUGCACGAUAUAGAACCGGAUGCGAAUGGGGGCUUUAACUUCACGAUUGAUCAAAUUGCCGAGGGGACAUCGUGAGUUCGUUGGGCCGUGAUAUUUCCGGGUUAACCAUCACAUUCAGUCGCUUAACAAGG